CCACGUGCCAAUGACGGGCCCUUCACGUUUUCUAUAGGAUGGGAUGUGUCUUCUCCAAGCAGUUGCAUUGAUAUAGCACAGGCGAUUCCCCCUUUCUCAUCUCCAUGGCACACCCGAGUUCACACUUGCAUCCAACUGCACCAGCACCAAAUGCAUACUCCAGCCCUGUUUCGAUCAUCGGGCCUCAGUUCUGUGCUCCUUAUCCUGUGGACCUUGCAAUUAUUCGGAAAGUUUUAACCCUCAGUGAUGGCAAUUUUGCUGUCACUGACGUCAAUGGCAAUAUCUUGCUCAAAGUGAAAGGCAAACUUCUAAGCCUUCAUGACAAUCGGGUCUUGCUGGAUGGUGCUGGAAAUCCCCUUGUCACAAUAAGGCGAAAAAUCCUUUCUUUACAUGAAAAAUGGCAUGUUUUCAGGGGAGAGAGCACAGAUUUCAAAGAUCUUCUUUUUACUGUGGGGCGAUCUACAGUGAUUCAACUUAAGACAACCCUGAAUGUGUACUUGGCAAGCAACGCGAAAGAGGAUGUCUGUGAUUUUAAGGUGAAAGGCAGCUGGCUGGAACGAGCUUGUGUUGUUUAUGCUGGAGAGUCUUCCACCAUUGUUGCUCAAAUGCACAAAAAGCUCUCCAUGGGAAGCGUCUUGGUAGGGAAGGACAAGUUCAUGGUGACAGUUUAUCCUAACAUUGAUUAUGCUUUCAUAGUAGCCCUUAUUGUUGUUCUUGAUGCAAUUAACGAUGAUGAUGAGGAGUGAGAAAAAGUUGAAGAUCAUAGAUAAUCGCUGCUAUAAAUAUGAAAUAAUAUGAUGUUUUAUGCAAGACUCUGUGUGGGGCUUGGUCUGCCUCUGUUACAUCUGGAAUUCCUCCUUUCUAACUUCCAUUGAACAAUAUGUGCUUUUAAUGAAUAAGAUGGUUGCCGCUAGUAGAAGGGCUUACAUA